UACUCCUCUGCUUGCUUUCUUUCCCCAAUCUCUCUCUCACACACACACUUUUCUCAUUGAUUUACAACCUUUGCUCCGAAAAAACUCCUUAUGCCUAACUGCCUGAAAGGAUACUUUGAGAACGCUAUAUUUCCUCUGUAAAUGAAGAGGAAAGUGAAUCAGAUAAGAUAUAUCUUUAACCGGGCUAUUGGAACAAAUUCCUUUUACUUCAGUGAGGAUGAAGCGAUCAUAUAUUUUUGUGAACCUGAUCACUGUCUUACUUAUGGUCGAUAGAUUAGAAGGGGUGCCUAGAAACCAGAUCGUCCAAUUAUCAUGUAAUAAUGAGACAGAACACAAUCAAACAGCGUUCGCCCAAAAUUUUAUCCAAACAAUGGAGAAGGUUGGCGCCCAAAUACAAUCUUCAUUUUUCGGAGCAGCAACUACGGGUACAGGACCUGAUGCUAACUAUGGACUUGUUCAAUGUUAUGGCGAUCUUUCUCCGACCGACUGUAUCUUAUGCACUGACUCGGCGCAUUACAUUGUUUCCCGAUGCUUUCCUCAUACUGGUGCUAUUCUUUAUCAAGAUGGUUGUUAUAUGCGAUUCCAGAACUACAGCUUUUUUAAUGAGUAUCUUGGACCUAAUGACACUUUUAUUUGUGGGAAUACCACGAGGAAGAGUAGUGGGUUUCAAUCUUCAGCACGGCAGGCCGUGUCGAAUGCUGCAAGGGAUGCAUUGUUAAGUGUUGACUACUUUGCACGACAAGGAGUGAAGCCUCCUGGCUCGGUAAAUGAGUCGGCCUAUGUGUUGGCAAACUGUUGGGGGACAUUGAAUGCAAGUUCUUGCAGGAGUUGUUUAGAGGCAGCAUCUCAAUCAAUAUUGAAAUGCUUGCCUUGGUCUGAGGGGCGAGCAUUGAUGACCGGAUGUUUUAUGAGGUAUUCUGAUACCGAUUUUCUCAAUUCUAUACCAGUCAUACGCAGAAACCAAGGGAGGAUGAUAGCUAUUACAAUAGCCGUUGUUAGUUCCAUCGCGAUUUUUGUAGUUGCAUUGUUGAUUGCUUUGUAUAUCCGGAGACUAAGAUGGAUACAGCGGAAGAGAACAGGUUCAUAUGAUGCCAAGAAAUUGGCAAAGAUUCUCACUGAUAGUAGUUUGAACUUCAAAUAUUCCACUAUUGAGAAAGCCACGGACUCUUGGGAUAAUAAUAAUAAGCUUGGGGAAGGAGGAUUUGGGGUCGUCUACAAGGGAGUUCUUCCAGAUGGAAGAGAGAUUGCUGUCAAGAGGCUUUUCUUCAACAACAAAUUCAGAGCAGCAGAUUUCUAUAAUGAAGUUAACAUGAUUAGCAGUGUUGAACACAAAAACUUGGUCAGGCUGUUAGGAUGCAGCUGUUCAGGGCCAGAGAGUUUUCUUGUAUAUGAGUAUCUACCAAACAUGAGCCUCGAUCGCUUCAUCUUUGAUUCAAUAAAAGGUAAGGAACUAAGUUGGGAAAAGAGAUUUGAUAUCAUCAUCGGCACAACUGAAGGUCUUGUGUAUCUUCAUGAGAAUACGACAUCUCGGAUCAUUCACAGGGACAUUAAAGCUGCUAAUAUUCUGUUGGACUCGAGGCUUCGUGCAAAGAUAGCUGAUUUUGGUUUGGCCAGAUCUUUUCAAGGAGAGAUGAGUCAUAUCAGCACUGCCAUUGCAGGAACACUUGGAUACAUGGCUCCAGAGUAUUUGGCCCUUGGUCAGUUAACCGAAAAGGCAGACGUGUACAGCUAUGGUGUGCUGUUGUUAGAGAUAGUUACUGGAAUACAAAACAACAGAAGCAAAAAUUCUGAAUACUCAGACAGCUUAGUGGCAAUUGCAUGGAGGCAUUUUCAGCAAGGUACAGUGGAAGACAUCCUUGAUCCAAACUUAAUGUUUCACACUUAUGCCAAGCGCAAUUUUAAAAAGGAGGCCAUAAAAGUGGUACAUGUAGGGCUCUUGUGCACCCAAGAAGUUCCAUCUUUAAGACCAGCAAUAUCAAUGGCACUAAAAAUGCUAGUAAAAGAUGAUGAACCCCUACCACCUCCCUCAAAUCCCCCGUUUAUGGACGACGAUGAAACCCACGAGCUAGAAGCAACAUUACAACGUUUCCAUGAUGACAAUGAUUUUGACUCGGUUGCUACUAUUUCUCAUAGCCAAUUCUCCCCAAGGUAAAAUACUCGAACUUACAAAUUUCUCCGUUGAAUGAACUAUCCUGUAGUGAUAUCUUAUGCGCAAAUAUCGUCAAAAGCUUAAGGGAAACCGAUGAGUGUUAGAGUAGCGAGUCAAAGGUAACUUUUGUAUCAGAGCUAACAUGGGUGUACAAAGAAAUAAAUGGGUAGCAGCUUAUAUGGGAUAUACAGGAAAUGGGAUCAAAAGGUGGACGGUUUACAAGGGAAAAGAUCGUCAUUUGAAUACAAAGGUAGUUAGUUUGCGGUCUUUAGGUUUGUAUACAAAUUUUGAUUGUGAUCUUUGUAAUUUUGUGUUGUUACAUACAUAUAUACAAGUUACUAAAAUUGAUAUAUUACCUUGUUUUGAAAUUUGAAAUGCUUCAAAUGCAUCGAAUUAGUAAUA